CACGCUCUUUAUGGACGCUUUCCUGAGAACUAACACACUACUGUACGUUACAUUACCGCGCAACCGCGCGAUCCACCGCACGCGCCAGUUUAUGUAAGUCCCAGUCGUCGUGGAGAUGCGAAAAAAAAAAAGCGGCAGAAUUCAGCGAUGUUUGGAUCCGUUUCCAGGGGCAACGGCAGUAACCAGAGACGCUUUUCGGGUAAGAACCUUGACCACAUGUACUAAAGGAGAAGGGGGAUUUGAACCACCAACUUCCAAAGGGCAGGAUAACAGCUUUGACCACUACACCACAUCCCCUGAAGACUGCUGGGCAUUUGCAGAAAGGGCCCCUUGUGGCAGAACACUGACAGAUUCUUGUCCUUUCACUGUCGCACAGACAAUUGAGGGAGCAGCAGGGCGAAGAGACGGGCCCUCCCAUUGGCCGAGGGGGCUGCUGGACAGCGUAUGAAACCUCUUGUCUCAUUGGCUGCCACGCUGGAGUAACUAAAGCUCCCAAACAGCUCCCUGCCAGCAAGACCGGGUGAUAGUCAGUGAGAGUACAGCUGGAGGAGGGAUGCCGUCCUCGGGCAGGUAGCGUGCGCUCUACAUCUGCUGCGGACAGGCCUCUUCUGUGACACAGACCUCAUACACAAUUUAUAGAGCGGGGCAGCAGCAUGGCCUCACAGCAGCACUUCGUGCGAUCCCCCGUGGACUUUACAAGCAUGAUGCAGAGACUGCAAGACGAACAAGAAUCAGUGCAGAAAAGAACAUUCACAAAAUGGAUCAACUCACACUUGGCCAAGCACAAGCCUCCCUUGGUGGUGCACGACCUCUUUGAAGAUAUAAAGGAUGGGGUGAAGCUGCUGGCCCUGCUGGAGGUCCUCUCUGGGCAGAAGCUGCCCUGCGAACAAGGACGUCAGUUCAAGAGGAUCCACUGGGUGUCCAACGUUGGCACGGCGCUCAAGUUCCUUGAGAGUAGGAGGAUCAAAUUAGUCAACAUAAAUGCUACUGACAUUGUUGACGGACGACCUUCCAUCGUACUUGGGCUAAUAUGGACCAUCAUUCUGUAUUUUCAGAUAGAGGAACUGACCAGUAAUCUGCCGGCCACCCAGUCGCUGUCCAGCAGCACCUCCUCUGUGGACAGCAAGGCCAGUGCUGAGAUGACCAGCCCACCCAUGAAGAGGAAGGUCAUCACCAAGUACCAGGGCAGUGCCAAGAGGACCCUUCUCAGAUGGGUCCAGCACACGGCAGCUAAGCGAAUGGCCAUCGAGGUGAAAGACUUUGGGCCCAGCUGGCGCAAUGGGGCAGCCUUCCACUCCAUCAUCUACACCAUCCGCCCAGACCUGGUGGACAUGGAGCGCGUGCGGAGGAGGACCAACAAGGAGAACCUCGAGGAGGCCUUCUCUCUGGCUGAGAGAGAGCUGGGCAUCCCACGCUUGCUGGACCCAGAAGAUGUGGAUGUGGAAAAGCCGGACGAGAAAUCCAUCAUGACGUACGUCGCUCAGUUCCUCAAGCACUAUCCCGAUCCCCGUAACAGUGAGACGGACGGGCAGAUGGAUGAGAGAGAGGACCGCAAGAUGCUGAGGGAGCUGAAAACUUGGCUGGACCACCUGGAGCGGGACGUACUCCGGGCCCAGGGGGCGGAGUGCAGCCUGGCUGAAAAAUACCAGGCUUUCAAGGGCUUUCGCGUGCAAUACGAGAUGAAGAAGAAGCAAAUGGAGCCACUGCUGCAGCCCGUCCAGAGGGAUGGGAAGCUGUCCACGGAGCAGACGCUGGUGAAGCAGGCGUGCGAACGGGUGUCCACCAGGCUCCUUGACUGGCACGUCCAUCUGGACAAGUCUCUUCCCGGGGUGCUGGGUGUGAUCGGGGCCUGGCUGCACCGCGCUGAGAUGGCUCUCUGCGAGGAAAUUGCUGUCCAACAGGCACACGAGGAGACCGCCAACACCGUUCACAGGAAGCUGGAGCAGCAUAAGGAAGUGUUGAAGACUCUGGAGGGACACAAGCCAGCCUUCCAGCAAAUCCACAAAGACAGAUCUGUCAACGGUGUCCCUGUGUCUGGAGAACAACUCCAAGACAUGGCUGAGAGAUUCAAUUACAUAGGCACAUCAUUCCAUGCCCAUUUGAUCAAGAUGGAAUUCUGGGAAAUUAAGUACCGGUUGAUGGCCUUUCUGAUUCUUGCCGAGUCCAAGCUGAAGUCCUGGAUCAUCAAAUACGGUCGAAGAGAGUCAGUUGAGCUCCUGCUGCAGAACUACAUAUCAUUCAUUGAGGGACACAAGUUCUUUGAGCAGUACGAGACGACCUUCCAGACUCUGAAACAGGCAGCUGACACCUACAUCAAAUCCGACAGUUCGGCUGAUGAACGAGACGGGGUCAACAAGUUCCUGAGUGACGCCAUGGCACAGUGGAAGAAUCUGUCUGUAGAGGUGCGGAGCGUGCGCAGUAUGCUGGAGGAGGUCAUCUCUAACUGGGAGAAGUACAGCAGCACAGUGGCUAGCCUGCAGGCCUGGCUGGAAGAUGCCGAGAAGAUGUUGAACCAACCUGAGCUCGCCAAGCGGGAGUUCUUCCGGAACCUUCCGCACUGGAUUCAGCAGCACAUGGCCAUGAACGAUGCAGGGAACUUCCUCAUCGAGACCUGCGAUGAGACCGUCUCCCGGGACCUGAAGCAGCAGCUGCUCCUGCUGAAUGGCAGAUGGAGGGAACUGUUUGUUAAAGUCAAACAUUAUGCAAGGGCAGAUGAGGUGGACAAGAUGCGGAAGGAUUAUCAGGACGGCAUCUCUUCCUUAAAGUCUUUUGUGGACGCGGCUAAUGAGAAGAUGAACGCUCCGCUCCAAGUGUCCUUCCUGAAUGUCCGGACUUUUGUCCAGGACGUUGAGGACAUCAAGCAAAAAAUCCCAGCUAUGGAGGCACUGUACAAGAUGGCUACCCGCAACGCUCAGCUACUGACCAAGGACACUCCGCAGGAGGAGGUCACGGAGAUGCUGGGUACCAUGGCAACAAUCAAAGAACAGCUGAGCAAGAUCAGGGAACGGUGCCUACCUCUCCUCCGGGAGUGCCAAUCCCUGCUUCCCCUCCUGGAGGAGAUCGAGAAGCAGAUCACACACUUCUACCAGUCCCUGGAGAGGGGCUGCGGCAUCACAUCCAGCAGGGACCCAGAAUCCCCGGCCGACUUCAAACAGAAGUGCCAGGAGCUGCUAGGACUUCAGCAGAACUGUAAGAAGUGCUUGUCCAUGAUUGAGCGGAACCACCAGGCCAUCCAGAGGACUUUGGGAGCCAGCAAGGCCUUGCAGCACCUAGACAGAUCCCUCCUGCAGAAGAGGGUGAUGGAGCUCCAGGCCUCCUCACAGGUCAUGGUGAAGGAGUCAUCAGAGUGGAGGAAACAUGUCGAGGCAAACAGCAGCCUCAUGAAGAGGUUUGAGGAGUCUCGCAUGGAGCUGGAGAAGGUGCUCAACGUCGCCCAGGCAUCCCUAAAGGAGAAGGGCAACCCAGAGGAACUGCUCAAAAAACAUACCGAGUUCUUUGGACAGCUGAACCAGCGGGUUCUCAACGCCUUCCUGAAAGCAUGCGAUGAGCUCACUGACAUUCUGCCUGAGCAGGAGCAGCAGAGUCUCCAGGAGACGGUCAGGAAGCUCCACAAACAGUGGAAGGACAUUCAGGUAGAGGCACCGUAUCGUCUGCUGCGCCUCAAAGUAGAGGUGGAGCGAUGUCGUCUGAUGGCCUCGUUGCAGGAAUGCCGGGAGGAGCUGGACCAGGAGAACAAGUGCCUUCCUAUUGUAGGCAGCGAGAGGGUUUUGAAAGAGCACCGGGCCUUCUUUGGAGAUAAGGGUCCACAUCUGCUGUGUGAGAAGAGGCUACAGCACAUGGAGGAGCUUUGCCAGAAGCUCCCCAAGAGCGACUUAGUCCAUGGAGACUUGGAGAGUAGCAGGACGGCCUUCAGCGAGCUCAAGGCCAACAUUGACAGCACUCAGCAGAAACUCCUUCAGCACCCCGACAAGUGGAAGGAGUUCAACUCCAGGUUCUCUGAACUUUCAGCUUGGCUAUCAUCGAAGGAAAGCCAACUGAGGCUGCUGAGGAAUAGAGCUGAUGACCCCAACAAGUUCACCCAGGUGAAAUCCAUGGUUGAGGAGCUCAGACGUGACGCAGAGGACAAGGAAGCGAGCCUCGGCUGGCUCAAAACACGGCUGGCUGCUCUUACAGAAAUGUGUACCGAGAGCGAGGCAAGGAGGCAGGCGGGUGCCCUCAGCAAACUCUCCUCCGACUUCAAGAGCCUCCUGUCUUCUCUUGCCGAGUCUGAGAAGGUGGUGUUGGCGGUAGAAGACUGCGUGCAGUUCAGGGAGGAGGUACGGGGUACCCUUGAAGAGCUGCUGCAGGGACAACAGGUGGCGCAGGCUGAGGCUUCCAAAAUCCUUGACUGUGAGAUCGUGAGGGAGGCCCAGCACAUGUUCCUCAUCCACCAGCAACAGCUGAAGCGCCUGCGGACCAAGAGCAAGGACGUGAAGCAGCAGAUCCUCAAGGGCCAGCAGCUGCAAAUGGAGAGAGGUCUGGGUGCUGCCCUGCAGUCCGACUUGCAGAAGCUGGAGGGCAUGCUGACCAGAAUGGACCACACAGUGGAGACCCAGGAGCAAAGCCUGCAGGUGACCCUAACCGCAUGGCAAGAAUUUGAAAGCCAACGAAGGACGGUGCAGGACUUUGUGAACCGGGCUAGCCUGGUCCUGGACAGGGAACUCACCUUCAGCAGCCCAGAGAGCCUGUUGGCUGAGUUGGAGCAAGCCAGGGAGCUCUCGAAACAGUGUGAGACACACGCCACGCUGACAGACACCCUUCUGAAGAGGGUGCCGGAAGUACGGCUCGGCUCCAGGAACCAGACCUUGCUGCAGGAGCAGAGCCGCUCCAUCAGCGAGCAGGUGGACCGCGUGGAGGGUGGCCUCAAGAAACACGUUAAGCAGCUGGAGGGGAUGAGAUCCCACUGGGAGCAGUUCAUGAGCAAGUUUGAAGCUUUCACUUCAUGGAUAUCCCUGAAGGAGAAGGAGCUGGAGGCCCUGAGCACCUCCUCUGCUCCUCUCACACAGCAGAUCGACAUUGUGAAGGCUGUGGCAGCACAGCUGAAGGAGAGGGUGGAGACUCUGCCCUGGCUGGAGACGGAGUCCCAGACGCUGGGACAUUUUGUGUCCUCGGGGGAGGCGGCGCGCAUUAAGGCCCGCCUGACGCAAACUGGCCGCUACUGGGAGGAGCUGCAGGAAGGGGUGGAGCAGCUGCAUGGGCAGUUGGAGGAAAGUUCCUCCCACUUCCAGAGGUUCAGCACUAACCUGGAGCAGGUGAAAACUACCGUCAGAGAGCUGAAAAGCAAGAUAGAUCAUCCCAUCUCUUGCUGCUCCUCCUCAUCUGAGACCUACAAAGCCCUACAAGAGCAUAUGGACACCAGCCAGGCUCUGGAGCAGCUGAAGGCUGCGGUACUGUCGCUCUCGGCUGGGGCGGCUAGGCUGAGGGACCGGGACCAUGCGGAGAGCGAGGUGGCUGCUGUCCAGCAGGCCUAUGAGAUGGGUCUCCAGUGGGCCAAGGGGAAGCAGAGCCAGCUGGAGAGCCUGCUGUCACUCUGGCAAAAAUAUGAGAAAGAGUGGUCCGGAUUUGUGUCCUGGCUGGAAGCGUGCGAGUCCGUCUGCAGCUCUGCAUCGCAGUGCCUUUCUGCAGAUAAGGCCAGGCAGCAAAGUGAGCUGCAGCAGCUGCAGGAUCUGCAGUCAGAGGUCCUGUUUCAUGAGGAGGUGUAUGCUGCUCUGGUGAGUCUGGGAGCAUCAUUACAUCCCACAGCAUCAGAGGAACGGGUGAAGGAGCUCACAGGGAACCUGGAGCAGCUGGGCAAACGGCUGAGCUCACAGAAGAAGUCCCUGCCUCACAGAAUCGAGCGACUGCGGUUCCACAUCAACCAGGUGGAUAAGUUUGAUCACACUCUGCUGGCCUUUUCCCAGUGGAGUGAGAACUGCCUUGCAGGCCUCUACUCACUCUCACAGGUCACCAUCACGGACCUGCAGCCAGCCACCUCCCAGUUAAAGGAAAGGGCAGCUGUCCUGCACAAGCAAGCUGCUGAGAUGGAGAACCUCCAGAAGUUUGUGGAGAUCCUCUCGGUGUCCUGUGAGCCGGGGGACCUGCAGCUCCUCCAGGGCCGACUGGAAGACUGCAUCCAACCCUUCCUGGAGGCCCAGCGGCUGGUGGGGCAUCGGCACGAGGGUCUGGAGAAACUGGAAGCUUUCCUUCAGACGCACGGCGUUGCUGCUAGUGUUCUCCAAGGCCUGAGGCAGACGGUGGAGAGCGCCGGCACCUGGGAUCAGGGCAGAGUCCUCGAGCUGCAGCAAGAAAUGAGGGCUGUGACGCCUGACAUUGGACGGCUGGAGACGUUGGCAGUGAGCUUGGACGGGAGCCUCUGCAAGGCCCACUAUCACCUGUGCCAGGAGGGGCAGCGCACCUCGUGUCGCGCGCUGGCAGAUGCACUGGGGGCCGAGCUGGAUGCUGUCCGUAACCUCCUCGGGGCCAAGCAGAGCGAGGCGGAAGCCCUCAGCGGGCUCUGGAGCUCCUUCAGGCAGCGCAGGGAGCAGCUGCUGAAGAGCGUGGAGGACAUUGAGGAGAAAGCUGAUCAGCAGGUGCUUGAAGAGCCCAGCUUACUUUCUCUGCAGCAAAGGUUACGUUUCUUCAGCCAGCUGGAGAAUGAGCUGCAGUCCCACAAGCAUGAACAGCAGUGGCUCAUGGAGAAGGGCAAGCAGCUGGCCCAGAGAGAUGCUGAGUUAGCUGGGGAAGCCUUGAGGGACAUCAGCUUGCUGGAGGCUACCUGGGAGGAUACUAGGAGACUCAUUGCUGACAGCCAGGAGCAGUGCACUGUACUGGUGGAUCUCAUGAGGGAAUUCCAAAACCUGAAGGCCUCUAUCAGUAUGGUCCUGGAGAAUGCUGAGGCUGUGGCUGACAUCCGGAUUGCCCUGAAGGACCAGGAAGACAUCAGAAGAGCCAUCUCUCGACAUGAGGCAGCAAAGGUGGAGAUGACAGGCAACCAGGAUGAUCUAGAUCAGUACACCAGCACAGGGAAACGUCUACUCAGUGAGCUGAAGAAAAUCCCUAACUGCGAGACACUUAUGCUGAAGAAGGACGUGGAUUCUAUUGUGGACCACUGGCUAGAUGUGUCCGAGCGAAUUGAGGACAAUAUUGAGCACCUCAGCCAAAUCAUGGCAUUGUGGGAAGAGGUGAGGAAGAUCAGCGAGGAGGUGGAUGGAUGGAGCCAUAGCUCGGUGGCUGAGCUGAACGAGAGCUUGAACCACCUCAAUGACAGCCAAUGGAUGCAGGCACGGCUAUCACAGUUCCAGGUGGAGGUAGAAAAGAAUGAAGAGAGCCUACAAGUCCUACGGGGAAAAGUAUCAGAACUUGGGCAGCUCAGAAAAAGCCAGGAGAUCCCAUCAGAACUUCAGGUGAUGGAAGCUGACUUGAGUAAGAAGAUUUCUCGUGCCCGGGAAGUGUCCGAACAAGCCAAAAACACCCUCAGUGACUUCAGCUUCCAGAAGCAGCAACUGGACAACUUCAUAAACCAGAUGUCUGGGUGGCUGAAGGAUAUGGAGCAAUCCCUGUUGGUGUCGCAACGUGGGUCUAACCCGGAGGACAUCUCUAAAGUGAAGGAGAUUCAGAAGGAGCUGCAGAACCAGCAGAGCAACAUCGAUUCCACACGGGAAAAUCUCAACACCCUGUGCAGGAAGUACCCCUCCGAGGAGCUGGUCAAUCUGGGCUCUGAACUCACUGAACUCAUCAGGAAGUACAAAGCCGUUAACCAGCUAUGCACCAAAACCCUGAGUUCCCUUCAGAACAAUCUGCAGCUCCAUUUUACUGAGGUAGUACAGGAAUUCCAUGGGUGGCUGUCUGAACUGGACUGUGGAGUGAGGGACUGCUCUGAUCAAUCUGGAGACUCCAGCACCUUAGAGAACAAGCUGCAAAAGCUUAAGAGAGUGCUUGAUCAGGAGAAGGACGGGAAGGCUCGUUUGACACGAGUGUGUGAGGAAGGGGAGAAGCUCCUGCUGCAUCUCCCCAAGGGCAGCGUGAGCCAGGUGCAGCAACACCUCUCCUCCAGCCAGCAAGCCUGGGAUGGCUUUGUGGAGCGCUGCCGGCAGAAUGAGCAGAUGCUGGAGGAGUCCGCCGCCCAGCUGAAUGGGUUUGAGAGCAAACGGAGGAAACUGAGUCGCUGGCUGGAGCAGGCGGAACAGAAACUGUGCUCAGAGGUGCAAGCAAGCAAGAAACUCCUCACUGAGAGAAAAGCUGAGCUGGAGCAUCUGGAGGGCUUCCUCAAGGAAGUGCACAAGGAAAGGGACUCCUUUGAGCAGCUGCACCAGGAGUCCCACAUUUUGAGCGAGUCCGGACGAGGGGAUGGCAGUGAGGCACGGGCUGCCGCCCGGCUGCAGACCAAAUACCAAACCUUGCUGAGACAGACCAAGGAACAGCUGCGCAGCUUGCAACUCGCGCUGCAGGAGCAUCAGGCCUUUGAGGAGAGCAUUCAGAGCACGUGGUCCUGGCUGAGGGGGGUGCAGGGACGCCUAGCAUCACUCAACAACACUGUCGGCAGCAAGGAGACACUAGAGAAGAGACUGGGCUUUGUGCAGGACAUCUUAUUGAUGAAAGGUGAGGGAGAAGUGAAGCUCAACAUGGCCAUUGGCAAAGGCGAGCAGGCGCUGAAGAGCAGUGGAGAUGAGGGCCAGGAGCUCAUUCGUUCCCAGCUUCAGGGCCUGAAAGAUGCCUGGGCCACUACACUUGUUACCGCCAUGAGCUGCCACAGCCGACUGGAGUGGACCGUGGCUCAGUGGAACGGCUUCCAGGAGGCUGAGGGUCAGCUGUUGCAGUGGAUGGAGUUGGCGGAGCGGGAGGUGGCUGCCCCACUGGCUCUGCAGCUGGGCCUCAGGGAGAAAGCAGCCCAGCUAGAUCGGAUCCGUGCUGCACUGGCUGAUGCAGAGGGUCAUGCAGCAGCUCUGGCACGCCUUGCAGAGAAAGGUACCGAGCUCCACAAAAAGACCGGUGACCAAGCCUUCCGGCAGGAGACACAAGAGGAGCUCACCAGGCGGUUUGCUGACAUCACUGCAGUCAUCAAGGGAAGGGUCAAGGCCAUGGAGGACUUUGUAGAGGAACAUGAGCAAUACUUGGAAGCUGUGCGUGAGUUUGGAGACUGGCUGACGUCUGCCAAGGAAGAGCUUCAGCGCUGGUCCGACACUUCUGGGGACUCUGUCUCAGUGCAAAAAAAGCUCUCCAAAGUGCAGGAGCUGCUUGACUCUAAGCAGCGAGGCAGGGAGCGGUUAACCCGCGUCCAGCACUGUGGGCUGGCAGCUCGGAAACACACGGCGGCAGCCGGACGUGAGCCCAUGGAGCACGAGGAGGCCGCUCUCCUGGCUUCCUGGGAGGAGUGGGAGAGGGCGGUGCUGUGGACGCGGGAUGUGCUUGAAAGUGCCCUGUCGCAGGCAGUUGACUCUGAGAGGGAGCUGAGCCGCUUGGCCGCACAUUUGGAGCGGGACCUGCAGGGACUUGGGGGCAAGCUGGAGGGCUGGCGACACAGAAUGAGUCAAGUAGAGGGGAUGGGCCUUGAAGACGAGGCGGUCCAGGCCUGGCAGAUCGCUAAGGAUACCCUGGAGGGCUUACAGGAGGUAGAGCCUUUGCUGGAUAGCCUGAAGUCUCAGUUGAAUGACCUAUGUCGCUUCUCCAGAGAUGUGGGUGCUCAGUCAGAGGAAGUGUCGGCCCUCAUCAAAGAGUACAACAGUCUCAGCCUUCAGGCAUCGCUGGAGUGCCAGACCAAGGAGAAGCUGCUGGAACACAGGUUCCGCAACUCCUUCAAGGACUUUCACCAGUGGUUGGUCAAUGCCAAGAUCAAUACUGCCAAGUGCUUUGAAGUGCCUCAGAACAUCGCUGAGGUCUCUGCUGCCCUGGUGAAGCUUCAGGAGUUUUUGAAUGACAGGGAGCAGGGACAAGCCAAGCUCAACGGUGUGGUUUUCAGUGGGGAGCAACUAAUCCGCAUUGUAGCCAAAGACCGAUUGGAAUCCAUUCGGGCCAAAAUGAGCAGUGCCAGAAAUGAUUGGAAGGCACUAAUGUCCAACCUGCAUCAAAGAGAGGCUUCUCUUCAGAACUUGCAGGCCCAAAUGAAGGAUUUUGAGGCCAGCGCAGAGCCUCUGCAGGGGUGGCUGAAUGCAACAGAGACGGCAGUGCGGGAGAUUGGCUCGAAUCUGGAAAGCCUGGCUGCUAAGAAGCAGGAACUGAACAGGUUGCAGUGUGUUCAGGAAGAAAUAGCCUCCCAGGAUUUCCAGUUAAGCAAACUGAAGGAAAAGGCUGGUCUCCUGUGGGAGGGACAAGUGGGAGGCAAAGGCUUCAUGCAUCGAGUGUCUCAGCUAUCAGCACAGUACCAGGCACUGGCCAACCAUGCCAAGGAGAAGGCCUCACGUGUUGACAGGAUUGUCACCGAGCACCAGCUUUUCUCCCAGUCCCUCAAGGAGCUUCAGGACUGGGUGGCUGACACCAACCACAUGCUGCAGAACUACUGCAUGCCUACUGCAGACAAGAAUGUGCUGGACAGUAGGAUGACUAAGUUGGAGUCCCUGCUGAUGGCUUGGCAGGAGAAGGAGAUCCAGCUGAAGAUGCUAGUGGCCCGGGGUGAGGCGGUGCAGAAGAACACUUCCCCCACAGGGAUCCCAAUGAUCUGCAAGCAGAUCCAAGACUUAAAGGAGUCCUGGGACUUGCUUCUUUCUGCAUCUAUUCAGUGCAAGAGCCAGCUGGAGGGGGCUCUCUCCCAGUGGACCAGCUACCAGGAGGACGUGAGGCAGUUUGUGGGCUGGAUGGAACGGGUGGAGGAGAGCCUGCGCACCGUGGACAGGCAGAACUCGGAGAUGAGGGACAAAACGGCCAACCUGAGCAAAGCCAAGCUGCUGCACGAGGAUGUGCUGAGCCACAGCAGUCUUCUGGACACCAUUGUGGUAAAAAGCUCCAGUAUGGCUGAGCAUUACGUCACCAAGCUGGAGGUGCAGGACCUGCAGGAACAUUAUAUGGCAGUCAAGGACAAAGCCAUGCAUGCUGUUGAUAAGGCAGAGGAGCUGCUACUAGCCCACCAGGAGUAUCAGCGCAGCUUACAGGUGUUUCAGGACUGGCUAGAGGAGGAGCAGGAGACUCUGACCAGUUGCUUCCAGCUGGAGGGAGAUGUGGAGAUGCUGGAAAACACACUGCAAAAGCUGCAGGAGCUGCAGGUGCAGUGCACAGAGGGCCAGGCCCUUAUGAACGGGCUGCUGGACAGCCGGGAGCGAGUAGUCCCCUGGGGUGCGCCCCAGAUCGAGGACCGCAUCUUGGAGACAGCGCAGCAGGAAUGGCAGGCUUACCAGGCCCAGCUUGCGGAAUGCAGGGCACAACUCAACGGGGCUCUUGCUAAGCUUCGGCAGCUCGAACAAAAGUUCCAGCGCCUGGACAAAUGGCUUAAAGGCAUGGAAAGCAAAGCUGACCUGCGUAGCCAGCGGCGCUCAGAUAAAGAAACUAAAGAAGCCCAACUACAGCUGCUUAAGGGCUGGCAGGAAGAGAUCCUGGUGUAUCAGGAGGAGGUUGAAGGCCUCUGUCUCCUGGCCCAGCAGGUUCUGGAGGAGAGCCACAUCAGCAGUCGUGUUAGCACUCGUGCCGCCCAGCUCACUUCUCGCUACCAUGCCCUGGUGCUCCAUCUGUCGGAAACCACCAAACAACUGGAAGAGGAGGUAUGCAGCAUUGAAGAGGCCCAUGUUGCGUUCAACACGCUCUCUGACUGGCUCAGAAUAGCUCAAGAGAACUUCAGGACAGUGACUACCAGUAUUGCCGUGGUGGACAGAGGAAAUAUGGAGAAAAAGAUGAAGAAACUAGAGGGUCUGCAGGGUGACAUGGAACUGGGCCACAGCUACCUCAAGGUGACACGGGAGAAGACGGAGCGGGCUGUAGCAUUUCUGGAGGAGGCAGAGGCAGAGAAGCUGCGAGGAGAGGUGGAUGCCCAGUUGGCUCAGUUGGAGAGCCUAAAGGUGGCAAUGCGGGAGGAGCACAGUUUCCUAGAGAAGGGGCUGCAGCUGUCCAAGGAGUUCCUGGACAAGUACAAGGCCCAGGCUCAAUGGAUGCAGGAGACAAAGGCUGUGCUGCACUCACCAGUCGAGCCCAAAGUUGAACUCUACGAGAAGAAGGCCCAGUUAGCCAAGUAUAAGACCAUACAACAGACUGUGCAGUCUCGUGAGUCAGCAGUGAAAUCUGUAAGCGAGAAGGGUGAGGCUCUCCUUGACACUGUCCAGGACCCCUACGUUGCUGAGAAGAUGACCAAGCUGCAGGAAGACUACCAAGACCUGUGCAGAGUAGUACAGGCUCACGUGGAGAGCCUUGUGAACCGCGUGAAUGAGCACGAGGCCUACAACAUUCAGCUCCAGGAGGUGGAGAAGUGGUUAUUGCAGAUGUCCAGCAGGCUGGUGAACUCUGAGUCCAUGCAAUGUGGCAGCUUGGAGGUGGCCACCCAGCAGCUGGCCAGACACAAGGCUGUGAUGGAGGAGAUUACAAGCUUUGAAGAGCGCCUGGCCAAUCUGAAGGAUAGUGGCGAGCACCUUAUUGCCAGCUCCACCGAACAUCUCCGCCCUAGAGUCCAACAGCAGGUCCAGGCUCACCAGCAGGGUGCCAGAGACAGCUAUGCAGCCAUCUGCAGUACAGCCCAACGAGUCUACCAGAGUUUGGACCGAGAACUGCAGAAGCAUGUCAGUCACCAGGACACAUUGCAGCAGUGUCAGGCAUGGCUCUCCACAGUGCAGGAGGAGCUGCUGCCACAGGCUACACCUAUUCUUGGCCUACAGGAGGCGCUCAAACAGGUGAAGCACUUCAGAGCCUUGCAGGAACAGGCCAGCACAUACCUGGAUUUGGUGUGUUCGGUCUGUGAUCUGACGGAUGAAGCAGUGAGAAGGACAGCAGCAGAAGUCCAGCGCAUCAAGCUAACGAUAGAGGAAAGUAUGCUGAAAUCUCAAGAUCUGGCUGACCGCUGGAAGGAAAUCAAGGAGCAGAAGUCAGAACUAGGGGCCCAUUUGCAGGAUCUAGAGCAACAAUUACAGAGUUUCAACAGGAGGCCCGCAGAACUCGAGAUGAAGAUUGCUGAGAACAUGCUGAGCCAGGCAAAGGAAUUGAGCCAGCAUCUAAAGGGCAAGCAAGGCAUCCUAACACAGAUGACAGAGAGUGUGAGCAGGCUGACAGAGGGCCAAGACUCCCCGGAGCAAGCCGAGAUCGAACACCUCAGCCAUACCUGGUUGGAGCUGUGCCACCAGGCCAACUUGAUGCUCUGUCAAAGGGAAGAGGACCUUCAGAGGACCAAGGAUUAUCAUGACUGCAUCAGUGCUGUGGAGGUGCUGUUUGACCAGGUGUCUAAAGAAUGGGACAGCCUGGCCAGAACGGAUGCUGAAAGUUCAUUUGAACACUUAGAGGCCCUAAAGAAACUUUCAGUAGUUCUUGAUGAACAGAGGGGAAUACUUGAUAAUCUGAAAGACCACAGGCAGAGAGUGAUCAGUCGACUGAACCUGGAUGACAAAGAACUUGUAAAGGAGCAGACUGGUCACUUUGAGCAGCGCUGGACACAGCUGGAGAGUCUUAUUGAAAAGAAUAUAGAAGAUUCGGAACGCACCUUGGAGAACAUGAGCCAGGUGGAGUUUAAGUUGAGGGAGGUUCGAGAAUGGGCAGAGGAGCAGCAGCCUACAUUGUCUGAGGCCAUGAAACUGAGCCCCCCACCAGAGCUUGCUCAGAGCUUCCUCUUUGACCAUCUCAGCAUCUGCAGUGAGAUGGAGGCCAAGCAGCUACUCCUGGCCCAGGCCCUAGCAGAUGCAGACAGGGUGUUAGCCCACCUAGGUUUGAGUGAACGCCAGAGGCUCCAGCAAAUGAUCUCUGACACACAAACAGAGAUAGAGUCCUUAAGCAUCAAGGUGAUCCAGCGGAGGAAAUACCUCAGCAAAGCCUUUACUGAGAGGACACAGUUCCUAUUAGCAGUAAGUCAAGCCAUUGCCUGGGUUCAGCAGAAUGAGAAGAAGGCACUAGCUGAAGAGCACAUAGCACUUUUGCCCGAUGACCUCAGUAAGCAAAUCAGGAUCUGCAAGGGCAUUCAGAGCAGCCUGAAAGCCUACCAGAGCGAGCUCACUUCUCUUUGGUCCCAAGGGAGAGAUCUCAUGAAAGAUGCCACUGAAGAUGAAAAGACAGAAAUCUUGACCAAGUUGCAGGAGUUGCAGAGCAUUUUUGAGACUGCUCUUCAAAAGUGCUGUCAGAAAGUACAGGAACUAGAAAAAGCACUGGGACCCAGGAAGUACUUCAAAAUGGAUCUGGAAAAAACAUGCCAGUGGUUGAAACAAGCAGACAUUGUUACAUUUCCUGAAAUAAAUUUAAUGAACGGAGACACAGAACUUCACUCACAACUAACAAAAUAUGAGGAAAUAUUAAAUCAAGCAGCAGAGUAUGAGAAUCUUCUUCUAACUGUCCAGAGAACAGGCCAGGAGAUACUUCCAACUCUCAACGAGGUAGACCACUGUUACCUUGAUGAAAAGCUCAACUCUCUCCCAAAACAAUAUAACAAUAUUUUGGCUUUAGCUAGAGAAAAAGAAGAAAAAAUUCAACAGGCAAUAGCUGCACGAAAAGAGUAUGCUUCUUUAAUUGAAAUAACACAUAAAGCAUUAAAAGGAAUUGAGGAGCAAUUCAACACCUUAGGAAAUCAACCAGUUGGCUUAAUGACUGAGGAUGUUAGUAGUCUGCAGAGUGAUUACAAAGAUCUCCUUGAGGACUUGACCAACUUGGGACCAGAUGUUGUAGAGCUAAAUCAGAAGAAAGAAGCCUUUCGAAGUACUGGUCAACCUUGGCGGCCAGAUGAAAUGGUACAGCUUGUAAACCUUUAUAACAGCCUGAAGAGGCUAAUUGAGCAGAGAAUUGAACAUUUAGAUGACACUUUGGAGUCAUUUGAAGACCACAAAGCGAUGGCUUUGCAGCUGGAUUCUGAGUUAAAGGCCACAAAGGAACAGUUAGAUAAAGUUAAUGCAGAGACUCAGUCAGCUGAAGAACGACUCAAGAACUAUCACGCCCUGGCUGGAAGCUUGCAGGGUGCCACUUCUCAUAUGAAGAGACUCACGGAACAGAUGGACAGCCUCGCCAGUCAUGUGGAUCAGGCUGCACACCAGGCUGCCAGGCAACAGGUGGUGUCAUGGCAAGAGGAGCUGCAGUCUUUACAGUCAGCAGUUGGUGAACUGAUAGUGGAGUGUGAGAACAGGUACGUGCAGAGCAAAGACUUCCAGACGGAGGUAAGAAGGACCCUUGACUGGCUUCAGCAAGUACGAGAUGAGCUAGGCUGUGCCGUGAUUCUGGAUGUGAAAGUAGAAAGGGUACAAGAAGAGAUCAGAAAGCAACAGAUUAUGCAGGAAGAGGUACAGUCCAGGCUUAGGAUUGUAGCUGCUCUCAGCAGCAGGGAAAAGCAGAAGUACGCAAGUGCUAAUGAACUGGUCCCCGCUCAUGUGGAUACCAGUCUGGAGGAGAUGGCAAAGCUGGAAGCAGAUGUUCAACAAGCUCUGAACACCAAACAGAUUACUCUAGAGCAAGCUCUUAGCUUAUGUCAGAAAUAUCAUUCCAAGAUGCAGUAUGCCUGUGAGUGGCUGGAGGAUGCCGUUGCCUUCCUGCAGCAGGCCAGCCUAGGAGUGGACGUGGAGAAUUAUGAAGAGUGCCUCAGGCAACAGAGUUGCAUCAUGGCCACAGAACAGGACUUCCUGGGCAACCUGCAAGAGCUGGAAACACUUCCUCCACAGCUGGAGAGCCUUGUUAACUCCAGUGUAAAGGAGCAACUAAGGCUCAGUGUGGAGUCAGCACAGCAGAGAGGUGUGGAGGUCAGGGAUCAGCUGCAAUACCAUCAGGAUGUUCUCCACAGCUGUGUGGCUCAGUGGAAGUCCUUCCAGGAAGCAAGGCAGACUGUCAUUGAGCUGAUGAAUGAGGCUGAGAAGCAGCUGACACAGUUCUCUACAGCGAAGGCAGCUACCUGUCAGGAGGCUGAGGACAAGCUAAAGAGCCACAAGUCUCUUGUGUCUCUCGUCAAUGGGUUCCAUGACAAACUGACAGAUCUGGAGGAGCAGGCAUCUCAGUUGGAAAUGGUGGGUAGCGAUGCUAGCAAAGCAACAAUCAGCCGAUCCAUGACUAUGGUGUGGCAACGGUGGAAUCGGCUGCGCAAUGUAGCAAGGGGACAAGAGAAGGUGUUGGAGGACACUGCACUUGAGUGGAGGAGCUUCAAAGAGAAGAUGGCGAAGACUACAGUGAUUUUGGAGGACCUGCAAGGUCGGGUUCCGGAAAGAUCAGUGGAGAAGGUCUCCAAGGCUGCGUUGCAGGCUCUACUGGAGUACAUUGACUCCUUUAUUCAGGAAGUGGAACGUGAGCAGUCUUCCCUCACACUCCUGCGACAAUAUGGACUCAGCCUGCUUCGUGGAAUGGAGAUGCCCAUGCCAACAUCUGCCCAAGAUGAACUGCCUUAUCUGCAGGAAAUCAGGGUCAUGCAAGAACACUUUGAGAGCCUGUUGCAGGAGGUGCGUGAGGGCCGUCUGCAAGCGAGGAAAGAGUUGAAUGAGAGAGAUGAGGUAGAAAAGGAGCUGGGCCAAGUGAAGCUCUGGAUUCAGGACACCCUGGAGCUCCUGCUCAGUUCCUCCACAGACAUGGACACACUACUGCAGGAGCUUGAGGUGGUGCACGGAGAGCUUAUCUCACACCGUCAAAGUGUAGAAAAGAUCACUGAGCAGCAGCAGAGCAAGUAUCUGGACCUCUACACUAUUCUUCCUUCUGAGAUCUCCAUCCAAUUGGCUGAAGUGUCCCUGGCUUUGGGCUCCAUUGAAGACCAGGUUCAUGCCAAAGAAAGAGAAAUCCAGCAAAUAAGAGAUAUUCAAGAAGACUUCAGUUCCAAAAUCCAUGAUGUUUCUGAGAGAAUGGGUGCCAUCUCCAUGAAGCUUAAAGAGAAAUCCACUGAUUUAUCUCUUGCCAAAGAAGAAACUGAAGACCUGUGUGAAGACCUGGACAUUUGUGGGCAAACCCUGUCUGAUCUGGAUGGUGCUAUCCAAGAGUUUGCAGAACGGAAUCCGCUUCUCUCUAGACAGCUGAGCGAUGCCAUCAUAAAGCUGAAUGACCUCUAUCACACCACGAGCCGACUGGCCCACAGCAGGGCAGCUCGGCUCAAGAACGCUAGUGCACAUUUGGAUGAGUUUAACGAGAUGCUGGAGUAUAUUGUGACAUGGAUUGACAAGGGCAAUAAGGUGAUGAAGAGCAGUAUUGUUUGGAACUCUGCCUCUCAGCUUCAGGAACAGAUUAAAGUGUGUGAGUCUGUUCUUUGGGAAUCCAGGGAACUCCACAGAGACCUAGAGGCCAUGAAAGAGAAGACGGAGGUGCUCUCCGAGGUGCUUCAAACUACAACCAUGGACCAGCAGGUGUCAGAUCUGAGUCGUCAAGCAGAGGAGCUGCAACAGAGCAUUGAAUUACAAUUGCACAGCCUACAGGAUGCAGCAAAGGACAUGGAAUGCUUUGAACGUGAAGUGAAGGCACUUCAUGCAGCAGUUGAACAGGCCCAGGUCACUCUGACCACCCCAGAGCUGGCUCAUCUCAGUCUAAAGGAGCAACUUGCCCAAAGACAGCGCUUGCUCACAGAGAUGGAGAGCUUCAAGCAGCAGGCUCUCACGGUGCAGGGUUAUCAGAGUGCCCUGCGCAUCCCAGAAGAGGUGGUCACCAGCUUGUCAAUCUGUCGCACUGCCUUGGGCCUCCAGCAUGAAGCCAGCCGACUACAACACACUGCCAUUCAGCAGUGUAACAUACUACAGGAGGCUGUUGUGCAGUAUGAACAAUAUGAGCAAGAGGUGAGGCACCUGCAGAAAUUAAUCGAGGAGGCCCAUCAGGUCAUCCAAGACCAACCCAUUUCCACCAGCAACAUCCAGGAGCUGCAAGCCCAAAUUCUCCACCAUGAAGAACUGGCCCAAAAGAUCAAAGGCUACCAGGAGCAGAUAACUUCCCUCAACUCAAAGUGCAAGAUGCUGACCAUGAAGGCCAAGCAUGCAGCCAUGCUACUGACAGUGCACGAGGGGCUGGUGGAUACGAUGGACGAGGUGGAUGCAGAGAUCCUCUCCAAGGGCUCUGCUGCCACUGCAUCAGUUACAGCUAUGGCUCCUGGUCGUGGCCACAUGCUCCUUUCCCCAGUUACAGAGGAAUCUGGGGAGGAGGCCACCAGCAGUGAAAUCUCUUCCCCACCUUCUUCUUAUUCUCCCUACACUGAAUCUUUCUUUAAUCAGAUCACUGCGCGAAGAGGUCAGCUUACAAGGACGUCAGUGCAAGAGCUGUAUGACCCAACUCUUGAACCCAUAACCGUGCCUGACCUGGAUGACCUGCAGCGCUCAUGGGAAUCCCUCAAAAAUGUGAUCAGCGAGAAACAGAGGACUCUGUAUGAGGCACUGGAGCGGCAGAAGCACUGCCAGGAUGCCCUCCAGUCAAUCUCUGCUAAGAUGGAGGUCUUGGAGGCCAAGCUUAGUGAAGGCCUGGAGGCAGAAAAAAGCCCAGAGAGACAGAUGGAAAUGCACCAGGUGCAAAUGGACACAAUCCUUUCACUGCAGGCUGAGAUUGAUGAGCUGCAGGCAUGCUUCGCAGAUCACCUGGUGCCCCACGCUCUGGGCAGGGAGGCCGCAGAGCAUUUGGCUGCGCGUUCGAGUCUCACAGUGCUGGCCGAGAGGUUGGCCACCAUCCGCAUGAAGGCCUCCGGCAAGCAGCACCUCCUGGAGGAGCGGCUGAGCGAACGGAUGGAGGACCAGCGACUGCAGCAGGCCCUGCAGAGGUGUCACAGUGAGGCAGAUGAGCUGGAGUGCUGGCUUCGUGAGACCCGUGCUGCCCUCGCAUCUGUCCCACUCAUCCACUGCCAGAAUGUGCUGCUGGAGCUGGAGCAGAAGGUGGCGUUCCUGACGGAGAUGUCGGCGCGCGGCGAGGGCCUGCGACUGGAAGGCAAGGCGACAGGCCGCCAGGAGGCCGAGCUACUGGCCACCAAGCUGCGGAUGCUCAAGGGCGGUCUGCUGGAGCUGCAGAGGAUUCUUCAGGACAAGCAGAUCAGUGUCCAGGGCUCCCAGCAGCAAGUUGAGGAUGCGGAGUUGGACUCAACCCUCCCAGAGGGCCGUAGUGUACAGGACUGGCUGGCAGAGGCCCGCACUACACGCUCACUGCAGUACCAGGACAGCAUCCAGAGACAGAAGGAGCUUGAGGAACAGCUAGAAGAACAGAAGAAGCUCCUGCAAUCCGUGGCUAGCCGAGGGGAGGAGCUUCUGACAAAGCAGGCCACGCCCAGCAGCAUCAGUCUGACGGACACCAGACCCGUGGAGCAGAACCAAGAGGAGGGGAAGGAGGUCUCUUUGGAUCAGAUGAGGCAGAAAUGGGAGAGCCUGAAGAAACAUCUCGGCACCAAGCUACAGCUCCUCCAGGACACACUGAGACAGGAGCCCAAGCAGCCGGUUUAUUCAAGAACUUCCAGAGUGACCACAUCUGGAGCAAUAUUCAAAGGAGAUGCCCAAGCUCGGGACAAGUCCUCACUCAGGUCUCUCUUUGAAGGAGUCAGCCAAGCAUUUGAAGAUGUGCUUCUUGAGUCUGGCAUAUCGAAGCGUGUCCUCCAUCCAGAACAGCAGCUCUACUCUGCAAUCUUGGCCACGUCUUCGUGGCUUGACAGCGUGGAAAGCAACCUCCUGUCUGGUGCCGUUCUUCUCACUGAAGAUGCUGAGACUCAGCUCUACAACCAGGAGGCUUUGGGGAAGGACUUGAAUGAGGUGACUGAGGAGGUUGGGCACAGCAGACAGCUCCUUGUUGACGCUGAGGGGUUUUCAGGAGAGCGGCAGAUGCUGGUGGAGGAAACCCUGGACUCUCUAACCAUAAGGUUGAAAACCUUGGACUCUGUGCUUAUGCAACGAUGUGAGGAAAUGAGGGCUAGACUGCAAGAGCUCACAGCCUUCCAGACAGAGUUGAGGCUGCUCUAUAACGCUCUUACUGAGCGAAAGUACCAGAUACUACAGAGACUUGCUGAAGGCCUCGACCAGCCAGCCUCUGAACAAGUGGAGAUCAUUGCUGAAGCAGAGGAGAGCUUGAAGGAGUUUGAGCAUAGAAUUGCAGAGCUCAAAACAAGAGGGGAUGACAUGCAGCCAGAUCAGAUCUCUACCCAGGAACUGCUGAAGCUGCAGGAUAUUUAUGAAGAGUUGGUGAUGACAGUGGGCUCGCGCCGUAGUGGAAUCAACCAGAACUUGGCUCUGAAAGGACAAUAUGAACGGGCACUUCAGGAUCUGGCUGACCUGGUGGACACUGCUCAGGACAAGAUAGCCACCGACCAGAAAAUAAUUGCUGGGUCUGUAGAAGAAGUGCAGAACCUUCUGGACAAGCAUAAAGAAUUCUUCCAAGGGCUGGAGUCCCACAUGAUCCUGACGGAAACAUUCUUCAGGAAGAUUAGCAGCUUUGUGCUGCCACCUGAGAAAAAGACCCUGGAAGAUACCCUGGCUAAUGCCCAGGUCCUGCUGAAACAAGCCCACAAGAGAGGGGUGAAACUGGAGUAUGUCCUGGAGGCAUGGAACCACCUGGAGAAAGACUACCAGACCCUUCACCAACAGCUGGAGGAUGUAGAGUCCAGGAUUCCCUCUGUGGGCCUGGCGGAGGAGACGGAGGAGAAGCUCAACGAGAGAAUUGAACUCUAUCAGCAUCUGAAAGUAAGCUUGACGGAACACCAGCACAAGCUGUGCCAGGUUCUGGAGGAUGGAAAGCGCCUACUACUAAGUGUAUGCUGCUCAAACCUUGAGGCCAAGCUUACUCAGCUUGGGGAGCACUGGCUUAGCCACACUACUAGGGUCAACAAGGAGCUGCACCACCUUGACUCCAUCCUGAAGCACUGGACCAGGUACCAGUGUGAGUCAUCUGAGUUGAAUCGGUGGCUGCAGUCUGCUUUAGAACAUUUAGAGUUCUGGGCCUCUCAGUCCACCAAUGUCUCCCAAGAACUGGAAGAUGUCCGCGACCAGCUCUCUGCAUUCCUGGAGUUUUCAAAGGAAGUAGAAACCAAAUCUGCUCUUAAAGCAUCUGUGCUGAAUGAGGGAAACCAGCUUCUGCGGCUGAAGAAGGUUGACACGGAAGGGUUGCGCGCUGCACUGGCCCAGGUGGAGACACAGUGGUCUGAGCUGCUUACACGAAUCCCCGUGGUCCAGGAGAAGCUCCACCAGUUGCAAAUGGAGAAGCUGGCUUCACGGCAUGCCAUCAUGGAACUGAUGGGCUGGAUUUCCUUGAUGGAGAACGUGAUUCGGGAGGACGAGGAGAAGAUAGCUGGAGUAGCUGGCUCUGACGCCGUCCAGCAGUAUCUGCAGAAGUACAUGUGCAUCAAAAUUGAUGUGAACUGCAAGCAGCUAACGGUGGACUUUGUGAACCAGUCGGUCUUGCAGAUCAGCAGUCAAGAUGCUGAAAGCAAGCGCAGUGACAGGACUGACUUUGCUGAAAGAUUGGGGUCCAUGAAUCACCGCUGGCAAAUUUUGAAAAGCCUCAUCAAUGAGAAGGUGGAUGUGUUGGAGGGCCUGCACAGGUCUUGGCUGGAGUAUGAGAGCAGCAUUGAGAAUCUGAAGGCUUGGUUCACAGCUCAGGAAGAACGACUGAAGAAGAAGCAGGGGAUUGAAGACCUGCCUUCAAUCCAGAAUGCUCUCAAAGAUUUGCAGGAACUGGAAGCAAUUGUGAAAGAAAAAGAGAAGGACUUGGAGAGGAUAGAAGAAAAGGGUUGUGCCCUCAUUCAUAAAAAGACAGAAGAGGUUUGCACUGUUGUCAUGGACACACUCCAGGAUCUUAAUCACAGCUGGGCAAAUCUGGACCACUUGAUUGGACAGCUGAAACUCAGCUUGAAGUCAGUCAUGGACCAAUGGAACUUGUACAAAAAUGCUUCAGAGGAGAUCAAUGGAUUCCUGAUGGAGGGGAAGUACUCAGUGUCCCGGUUCCGUCUUCUCACUGGGUCACUGGAAGCUGUCAGCAUCCAGGUUGAGAACCUGCAGAACCUUCAGGAAGAGCUGGAGAAGCAGGAGAACAGCUUGAGGAAAUUUGGCUCGAUGACACACCAGCUGCUGAAGGAGUGCCAUCCAUCAGUGGCCAACACUCUUAACAAUGCACUGAAAGAUGUCAAUACAAGAUGGAAUGAGCUACAGGAGGAAAUCAUGGAGCAAUUAAACAUCAGUAAAGCACUUCAGCUGUUAUGGCAGCAUUACAAAGAGCUGUAUGACCAAUGUGCCAGCAGUGUCCAGCAGCAAGAAGAAUCAGCUGACCACCUGCUCAAGAUUGCCACCAGGAAGGACAUUGCUGAUGAGGAAGUUUCAGCUUGGAUCCAUGACUGCAAUGAGCUGCUGCAAUCCCAGAAGUCUGUGCAAGGAUCCUUGCAGGUGCUGCAUGAACUGGGGGAGCAGCUGAAGCAGCAGGUUGACGCCUCCGCCGUGGCAGCCAUCCAAUCCGACCGCCUCUCCCUUUCCCAGCGUUUGGCCACAGUGGAGCAAACCCUCGGCAGGCAGCAGACUGUGCUGAAGGCUGGGGUUCAAGAUUAUGAACGCUUUAGUGAGCAGUUAGAUUCACUAGACCGUUGGAUCACUGAAGCUGAGGGGGUUCUUAAGGAGCCAGACCCAAAUUGCUCUUCUGACCUUUCCACCAUCCAGGACCGUAUGAAGGAGCUGAAGGGACAGAUGCUCAAGUUCAGUAACAUGGCCCCUGACUUGGAGCGGCUCAAUGAGUUAGGAUAUAGAUUGCCCCUCAGUGACAAGGAGAUCAAACGCAUGCAGAGUCUCAACAGGAGCUGGUCCAUCACUUCUAUCCAGACCACUGAGAGGUUCAGCAAACUGCAGGCUUUCCUGCUGCAGCAGCAGACCUUCUUAGAGAAGUGUGAGACAUGGAUGGAGUUCCUUGUCCAAACAGAAGAGAAACUGGCUGUUGAAAUUUCUGGCAAUUAUCAGAGCCUGAUGGAGCAGCAGAAGGCCCAUGAGCUUUUCCAGGCGGAGAUGUUCAGCCGGCAGCAGGUUCUCCAUUCCAUCAUCAGCGAUGGACAGCGGCUCCUAGAACAGGGACAGGUGGACGACAGGGAUGAGUUCAACCUGAAGCUGGCGUUGCUGAGCAACCAGUGGCAGGGCGUUGUCCGGCGGGCCCAGCAGCGCAGGGGCAUCAUCGACAGCUUGAUCCGGCAGUGGCAGUGCUACAGGGAGAUGGCGGAGAAGCUCCGCAAGUGGCUGCUGGAAGUCUCACAGCAGACAGAGGUGCCCCGCAAGGGCUCACCGGUACCACUGCAGCAGGCCCGUGCCACCUUGGACGAGAUGCAGCUGAAGGAGAAGGUUCUGCAGAGACAGCAGGGCAGCUACAUCCUGACGGUGGAAGCAGGACGCCAGUUGCUCCUGUCGGCCGACAGCGGAGCGGAGGCAGCCCUGCAGAGGGAGUUGACAGACAUCCAGGAGCGCUGGAGAAGUGCCAGCCUUCACUUGGAGGAGCAGAAGAGGGAGCUUGCCGCCCUGCUGGAGGACUGGGACACUUGUGACAGGGGCAUCGGGAGGUCUCUGGAGAAACUCCGAGCCUUCAAGCGUAAGCUUGCCAAGCCCCUUCCUGACCGCCACGGGGAACUGCACUCGGAGCAGAUCCGCUGCAAGGAGCUGGAGAACACCCUGGAUGAAUGGAAGGACGACACGGCCCAUCUGACCCUGCUGAAGGAGUCCCUGUCCAGCUACAUCAGCGCUGACGACCUGUCUGUGCUGCAGGAACGCCUGGAGCUGCUGCAGCGACAGUGGGAGGAGCUCAGUUACCAGCUCUCCCUGCGCAGGCAGCAGGUCAGUGAGAAGCUCAACGAGUGGGCCGUGUUCAGCGAGAGGCACAGGGAACUCAGUGAGUGGCUCACCCAGAUGGAGAGCAAGGUUUCCCAGGCAGGCGACAUCAGCAUCGAGGAGAUGAUCGAGAAGCUUCGAAAGGACUACCAGGAGGAGAUUGCUGCAGCAGAAGAAAACAAGCAGCAGCUACAGCAGAUGGGUGAGCGCCUGGCUCGACUCAGCCCCGAGGGCAAGGCUGCUGAAAUCGAGGCCAAGCUGAGCCGGGUUCGCGAGCGCUGGCAGCACCUUUUGGACCUUGUUGGGGCACGGUUGAAGAAGCUCCGGGAAACACUGACUGCCGUGCAACAGCUGGACAAGAACAUGAGUGGUCUGCGAUCUUGGCUGGCACACAUUGAGACGGAGCUGUCCCGCCCCAUUAUCUACGACUCCUGCACUUCCUCCGAGAUCCAGAGGAAGCUUGACCAGCAGCAGGACCUCCAGCGGGACAUCGAGAAGCACAGCACGGGUGUGGCCUCGGUGCUCAACCUGUGCGAGGUGCUGCUGCACGACUGCGACGCCUGUGCCACGGACACCGAGUGCGAGUCCAUCCAGCAGGCCACACGCAGCCUGGACCGCCGCUGGAGGAACAUCUGUGCCGUCUCCAUGGAGAGAAGGCUCAAGAUCGAGGAGACUGAGAGGCUUUGGAAGAAGUUCCAGGAUGACUUCACACGCUUCGAGAACUGGCUGACGGGUGCAGAGAGGACAGCUGCCCUGCCAAACUCCUCCGAAGUGCUCUACACCGUGGCCAAAGAGGAGCUGAAGAAGUUUGAGGCCUUCCAGCGCCACAUCCACGAGAACCUUACUCAGCUAGAGCAUAUCAACAAGCAGUACCGACGGCUGGCACGUGAGAAUCGCACCGACUCAUCUUGCCACCUCCGCGAGAUGGUGCGUGAUGGCAACCAGCGCUGGGAUGGCCUGCAGAGGAGGGUGGCCUCGGUUCUGCGAAGGCUGAAGCAUUUCAUCAACCAGAGGGAGGAAUUUGAGGCAGCCAGGGACAGCAUCCUUGUAUGGCUCACUGAGAUGGACCUCCAACUCACCAACAUUGAGCACUUCUCCGACUGUGAUGUCCAGGCUAAAAUGAAGCAGCUUAAGGCCUUCCAGCAGGAGAUUGCCCUGAACACGGGCAAGAUGGAGCAGAUCUUCCGCCAGGGCGAGGCACUUAUUGAGAAGAGCGAACCCCUGGAUGCCACGGUGAUUGAGGAGGAGGUGGAGGAGUUGCAGAGAUACUGCCAAGAGGUCUUUGGACGAGUGGAGCGCUACUACAAGAAGCUCAUUCACCUGCCGCUGGCCGAAGAUGAACAUGACGUCUCUGACCCGGAGGAUGCAGCCGAUCUGUCCAGCCUGCCUUGGAACGACAGUCUGCUGUCUCCCCUGCCCUCCUCAAGCCGCUCAGCCUCUGUGGCUGCCCUCCUGCGGGCUGAGCGCUCGGGCCAAGACACCCCAGCCAGCGUGGAUUCCAUCCCCCUCGAAUGGGACCAUGACUAUGACCUAAGUCGAGGCCUGGAGACUAUGACGAGGUCUCUGGCGUCUGAGUCGGGAGCCCAGCUGCAGGACGAGGACGAAGACUUCCUCUUGGGUGCUGCCUCAACCCUCUCAAGUGAAGCGGGCUCCUUGGAGACACACAUCCGGAGGCUGGGCAAAGCCCUGGAUACCAGCCGCUUCCACCUACAGCAGACGGAGAACAUCAUCCGCAGCCGUACACCCACUGGGCCUGAGCUGGAGUCCACCUACAUGGGCUACAUGAGGCUGCUUGGGGAAUGUCGUGGCAGCAUCGAGACGGUGAGGAGGGUAGGGUUCGAACUGAAGGAGAAGGAGGACGAGAUGUCGGGACUCGCCAACCCCAUCAGCACCGAGACACAGACCUCAGGCGUGAUCGAGCGUUGGGAGUUGAUCCAAGCCCAGGCACUCAGCAAAGAACUUCGCAUGAAGCAGAACUUGCAGCAGUGGCAGCAGUUCAAGUCGGACCUCGGAAACGUGUGGGCGUGGCUCUGCCAGGCAGGGGAGGAGCUUGAGGAGCUGCGGAGGCUCGAUGUCGGCACUGACAUUCAAACCAUCGAGGAACGCAUCAAGAAGUUGAAGGAACUGCACAAGGCGCUGGACCAGCGCAAGGCAAUCAUUCUGUCCAUCAACCUGUGCAGUGCCGAGUUCCUGCGGUCGGACGGCGGCGAGUCGCAAGAGCUGCAGACGCGGCUCAAGGAGAUGAACAACCGCUGGGACCGGCUGGGCACCUCCCUGGAGGAGUGGCGUGGACUGCUGCAGGAGGCCCUCAUGCAGUGCCAAGACUUCCAUGAGAUGAGUCACGGCCUGCUGCUCUGGCUGGAGAACAUUGACCGCAGGAGGAACGAGAUCGUCCCCAUUGACUUCAGCCUGGACAGCGAGAUGCUCCACGAACAUCACAAAAGGCUCACGCAAAUCCGGCGGGAGCUGCUGGACUCCCAGCAAAAAGUGACGCUGCUGCAGGACAUGUCGAGCCAGCUGCUGGUCCAUUCCGAGGGCAGCGACUGCCUGGAGGCCAAGGAGAAGGUGCACGUCAUCGGCAACCGGCUCAAGCUGCUCCUGAAGGAGGUGACCCGGGAUAUCCGAGGGCUAGAGAAAGCUCUGGACAUCAGCAGCAGCCAGCAGGAUCUUUCGUCCUGGUCAUCUGCAGACGAGUUGGACACCUCUGGGUCCCUGAGCCCCGUGUCCGGGAGGAGCACUCCAAGCCGCCAGCGUCCGCCACGGGGCAAAUGUAGUCUGUCACAGCCUGGGACCUCUGUCAGAAGUCCGCACCGCAGGUCUCGCGGCGACGCUGGGUCCGCUUCCUCCCAUUCUGAGACGGUACCCGAGAGUCCUGCCUUCUUGCGGCGUGUACUGCGGGCGGCUCUGCCCUUCCAACUGCUCUUGCUGCUGCUUCUCCUGGGCCUGGCCUGUCUGGCGCCUGCCUCGGAGAACCGCCAUGGCUGCCCUGUCUCCAACGGUCUCACCCGCUCUCUGCACCCGACGCUGCGGUACACCGAUGGACCACCUCCUGUGUGAGAGCCCUGCCCUGGUUUUAUCCAAAAGGUCUGGGUAGCACUUGUCUGUAGAAGAGGUAGGACCCCAUCUGUACUGCAUCUUUGGAGUCUCUCUUCAUGCUGCUGUUCAGAGUCACCUGAGCAGUGUGGGCGUUUGGAUUGACCACUGGGACAACGACUGAAGAACCCCAGAUGUGUUCAUGAAUAAGCACUGAGACUGGGAGCACUGCUCAUCCUCACUGUUCAUUUCUCCAUGAGAGAAGAGCUUAAUGGAGUUCAAUGAAGACAACGGUGAUUCUCUCGAAAAUCGCGUUUGACCUUUUAACCGAACAAAGAUGAUGCUGCAACUGCUGAUUGAACAUUUCCAAUACCAACCCAGCCAAACUUGUAUGUUUUUUUUUUUUUUUACUGUCAAGUAGUAAAGUAGCUGAAUCAAUUUCUAGCAGAGAAAUGCCUGUGAUUUUGCUUGUGAGAAUGGAAUGAUUUGUAAAAUAUUGAUUAAAUAGCUCAUAUGGCAGUUAUUUUUUUACAUGUACCUGUCAGCAUGCAAUAAUAGUCUGGUCCUGGACAACAGACUUCCCUAAGAUUAUUAAAAACAUUAGUCUGAAAACCUUAUUUUUACUAACCACUGCUGGAUGUAAGAAUGGAGAUCACCGACCUGUGUAAUGAAAUUAUGUAAAAGAAAUGAAAUUAUUGGAAAAAAUAUUUGCUUGUAUCACUUUAUCUAACUUACCUCAGUAUAUGCAGUGCUAUUCUUAUAUGCACAUAUUCAUGGGUAUUUAUUUUUUGAAUUUUGUAGAAAAUGUAAUACAUAAAUAAGGAAUAAAAGUACAUUUUAUAACUUAUUUAAAAUCUCUUUUGAUUAUAGAGUAAUGAUCCACAAGGACAACAAGCUGUUCAGGAUCAAAACACUUUCAUGUACUACAGCACACAUAUAGCUUGCUAGCAGAAUAAUCACAUUUUAAUUAUUUUUAUUUGAAGCAAACUUAAUUACUUGCAAUAGUGAAUAAUUUUGGAACAUCAUAUCUAUAUCAUGUUUUACAAAAUCUGAAAGAAGCAGAAACCGGAUGUCUGAGAACAGACUGAAUAACUAAUAGCUAUUUCACAUUUUUCAUAUCAUGAAAUUCCACUGAAGAUGAAAGGACGUAGAGUGCAUUGUACAGUUAAUGUUAAGUUUAUUAAAAGUACUGUAUUGUUUUCACCACUCAAGCAAAAACUAUCAUGAGGCAUCAGAGUAUAUGUACAUUCUACAGUAUUGGUUUUACAAAGAAAUUAUAUUUUCAAAUAUAAUGUAAGUAGCUUUUUUUACAAUAUAAAGGCAAUCAGUGAAGUCAUAAAUUAGUGAAGCAGGUGUUAUAUUAUGCAAGUAAUGAUUUGCUGCAAGCAUUGUACUGUAUGUGUUUUAUUCUGUAUCAGGUCAUUUAAAAAAAAAUUUAUUGGCAUAACAAAAUAUUAUUUUUUAAUCAAUUGUUCUUACAGUAUGUCAGGAUGUGAUUUUUAUGGUUAUUGAUUACACCAUUCAUAUAUGUAUCAUGAAGGAUGGGUUGAGUAUAAAACAUCAAAAUAAAAAAUGUACUAGAGAAAACAAUUUUAAAAAUAUAUUGAUCACAAUUUUAAAAUUGUAAAAAUGUAACAUCAUUGUCCACCUAUACCUUAAAGCUGUGUAAAGAUUUCAGGCCUCUUGUAAGUGAUAUAAGAACAUCAUGCUUUUAGUUUGAUUUUUGUAUUUUAUUGUAUAAAGUGUGUAGUAUACUGCAGAUAAAUUAAAAAGGACCAUGUACUGAAAAAGAUUAAUAAUUGAAAU